GAGAAAAUAGAGAAGGAAAAAAAAAAAAUUUAAAAACUUUGUUUUGGAUCAAUAAAUUAAUUCAAGUUGGAAGUUUCUUUCUUAUUACCAAAAGAAAAGAAAAAAAAGUUGGAUAUUUCUUUCUAAUAAAUAAUUGGGUUUCUUUAUAUUUUAUAAAAUUCUAUUGGUCCAACACAAUGACCAACCAAUCAAUGGAAUCCUAAGUGCGCCUACCACUAGUUGCUGAAGAACUAUGCGACAAACGAAGAAAGAACGACUUCAUUCGUUGACUUGCAAUGACAAAACAAAUCAAGUGGAAUACUGGUUCUCUCCAUCGCCAUUAGGUUUCUGUUUUCAGUCUCUCUCUGCUGUGCAAAUUCAUUUUGAAGAGAAUAUGGCCGCUUCAUUGGUGGGUGGAGCUUUACUCUCUGCUACCCUUCAGGUGGUGUUUGAUAGGCUGGCUUCUCCGGAGGUGGUGGACUACCUGCGAGGAAAGAGACUCAAUGAUGAGCUCAUCAACAAUUUGAAGACGGUAUUAUCAGCUGUUAACGCGGUGCUCGAUGAUGCUGAGGAGAAGCAGAUCACCAACCCAAAUGUCAAGCAGUGGUUGGACGAGCUUGAAGAUGCUUCCCUUGAUGCAGAUGAUCUCCUGGAUGAGAUUGCAACUGAUGCUUUGCAAUCUAAGUUGGAAGCUGGAUCUGGGACGUCCAACACAAGUAAGUCAAUAAUUAACUUCUUUUCCAAUUCACUCAAUAUAUAUGAUCGAAAAAUGAAGAACAAGCUGGAGGAGAUUCUUAAAAGGUUGAAAUUUCUUGAAGAAAGGAUAUAUGUGCUUGGUCUGAUUAAGGGUGUUGGUGAGAAACCGUUGCCAAGACCACCAACGACAUCUUUGAUUGAAGAAGAUGAGGUCUAUGGCAGAGAUGGUGAUAAGGAGGCCAUAAUCAAGUUGUUGAUAGAUGAUGGCCGUAGCACUAAGGUGAGUGUGAUUCCAAUAGUAGGUAUGGGCGGUGUUGGCAAAACCACCCUUGCUCAAUUAGUAUACAACCACGACCAGGUUAAGGAGCACUUUGGGUUCAAAGCAUGGAUUUGUGUUUCUGAGGAGUUUGAUAUCUAUAAAGUAACGAAAACAAUCCUAUGUGCAGUAACCAAGUCUCAUUCUUAUGAUAACAUAGAUUUGGAUUCGCUUCAAAAUAAGUUGAAAGAGGUUUUAAUGGGUCAGAAAUACUUGAUUGUUUUAGAUGAUGUAUGGAAUGAGAACUAUGUUAAUUGGGAGAAUAUGAGUAGACCUUUUAAACAUGGGGCCCAAGGAAGCAAGAUUCUUGUUACAACACGCAAUGAAAGUGUUGCGAAAAUCAUGCAAACUGUUCCAGCUUAUUAUCUUGUGCACCUAAAAGACGAAGAUUGCUGGCAACUAUUUGCAAAGCUUGCAUUUCACAAUGAAGAUUUUGCUGCACAUCCAGCACUGGAAAUAAUUGGCAGAAAAAUUGUCAAGAAGUGCAAGGGCUUGCCUUUAGCUGUAAAAACACUUGGUGGCCUCUUGCGCUCUACUGUAAAUGUUGAGGAAUGGGAAAAAAUCUUAGCGAGUGAGAUUUGGCAUCUGUCAGGUAAUGAGAGCAAUAUUCUACCUGCUUUGAGGUUGAGCUACCACCAUCUUCCUUCACACCUAAAGAGAUGUUUUGCUUUCUGUGCAAUAUUUCCUGAGGACCACAUAUUUAGAAAGCAUGAUCUUGUUUUAUUGUGGAUGGCAGAAAAUUUUCUGCAGCAAUCAACAAGAAAUAAGAGAAUGGAAGAUGUAGGUGAUGAAUAUUUUAAUGAGUUAGUGUCUAGGUCAUUUUUUCAAAGAUCAAAUAGGGGGGAGGAAUAUUUUGUCAUGCAUGAUCUUAUUCAUGAUUUAGCUAGACAUGUAUCCAGGAAUAACUGUUUGACAUUAGCAGAUGGCAACUCGGAGGAAGUUCUGAUGGUGAAGGUGCGCCAUCUGGCUAUUGCAAGAUUUGAUUCUAUUUCUGAAGCAGCUUGUUUGCGUACCCUUUUACCAACACAUAGAUUUUCAUUUGACUACAGUUCCGAUGAAGUGGUGAAUCAUGCAAUCUUAAAGUCAAGGUGUUUGAGAGUAUUAUCCUUGUAUGGUUGUCGUAAGUUGAAGCGAUUGCCCGAAUCAAUUGGUGAGCAAAGACAUCUUCGCCACCUUGAUCUCUCUAUGACUUCAAUCGAAAGAUUGCCUGAAUCUACAAGAUGCCAAGACAUAUAAAUAAAUUGAAAGGUCUCCAAACGUUGAGCAAUUUCAUUGUGGGAAAAGCUAAUGCGGCCAAGAUAGGAGAGCUCAGGGAGCUUCAAGAUCUUUGUGGAGAACUUUCCCUUGAUAAUUUAAAUAACGUUGCAAGUGCCAGGGAUGCAU